CGAUGGAAACGCUUGUUUAAAAAUGGCGCACAAUUUCGAUUCAGUUAGUAUGUAAUCACGAGAAGAUAUAUUGCAAAGCGAGAGAUGAUAAUGGACGAAGGAAUCGCGAAGAAGGAAGUACUCGAUAAAACGGCGCGUAAACUUACCGAUGAAAUACAGAACAUGUCAAAUUAUAAGGCUCUUUAUAACGAGAUACAAAAACUUGUCGCGUCGCCCGCCGUAAAUAAGGAAGACUUCAAGAACUCGUUAGUCACGGCGCUAAAAAAUAACGGCGUAGAAACCGAAAUUAGAAAUACUGUUUUCCAUUGGGUGCGAUCGCGGGGUUCAUUGCGCUCGCAAUCAGUUUCACAUAUAGAGACAGCCGACCUGGGUUAUUUGAAAAAGGCUCAGAUUCAAUGGGAACGACGUAUACAGAAGUCACUAAACUCGACCUGCAGCGAAUUGAACAUUCCACUAGCUCGAAUAAGACCUACAUCUGAUAAGGAUGAGCUGGCUGAGAAAUGGAGUGAAUUGAGCACAUAUGACAUUGAUUUAUCACAAUACAGGCCACUGUAUGCACCAAAAGACUUCUUGGAUGUGUUGUUCUCCAUACGUGAUCCAUCUUUUAAGAAGCAACCAGAUGAAUUAAAUUGGGAUUUUAGUCACAUACAAAUUAGUGUGAAAACACUCGCUCAGUUGAGACGCAUGUAUUCAGAAUUGGCACAAGGAACACCAUUACUUGGAGUGAAUCCUGAUAUGCCAGCUACAGAAAGUUUCCCAAAUUUGGAAGCCGAAAGAACGCAUAUUGGCGAGAAAGUGUUGAAUUCGAAUCAUGCUCCAGUUGCUCAAGAAUUUCUAAAAAGAGGAUCCCCUCGAUCGUUGCGCGGUCGUAUUUGGUCGCUCGUGCUCGGAUCCGUUAUCAAAGAUAAUGAUGUAGAAUAUUAUAACGAAUUGAAGAAUAUGGUACUGCAGUACGAUAUUGUGGUGGACAAACUUAUAAUAAUGGAUGUACAGUUAACAGCUAGAAAUGAUGAUCAGUACUUUGUGUUUGAAGAUAUCCUGUACAAAACAAUGUUAUGCUUUUCAAGAGAUUCUGAAAUACUUGCACCAGUUACAACUGACAGAAGUGCUGGUGGUCAAGUAAUUCAUGCAGUUUUACAGGGAAAACCAGCGACACUAGAAAAUACUUUGGUCUUUCCACCCAGUGGUGUUGUCCCAUUCCAUGGAUUUACAAUGUAUGCCACACCAUUUUGCUAUUUAUAUGAUGAUCCCUGUGCUAUGUAUUAUACCUUCCGCGCAUUUUAUCUGAGAUAUUGGUUCCGUCUACAUACUGUAUCAAGUCAUGAACAAGGCAUAGUUGCUUUAUGUUUACUCUUUGAAAGACUAUUACAAUGCCAUGAGCCGCAAUUGUGGACCCAUUUCAAGAACAUACACAUUCAACCUAUAAGAAUAGUCUUUAAAUGGCUCAUGAGGGGUUUCAGUGGCCAUUUACCACCUGAACAAUUAUUAUAUCUUUGGGAUUUAAUUCUGGGUUAUGACUCUUUGGAAAUUAUUCCUCUCUUUGCUGUAACGGUAUUAAGUUUCCGAAAGGAUAAUUUAUUGCAAGUUAACACACAACAAAAUGUGGAGGCUGUGUUGGCGGAUUUAUCCUCACUAAAAGUCAUACCUCUAUUGCAAUUGGCGCUUUUAAAAGAAUAAUAUCAAUUUUAUUAUGUAUUAUUGUUAUGAGGUUUGUAAUUUUUUAACUAUUAUAUAUAUAUACACACAAAAAAUGAAAGAUUUACAUCUUAUAUAUUCAAAAGAAAUAAAAUAUUAAUAUAAUUUUUUUAAUAAUACCCUUCAAAUAUUAUAAGUGUAUAAAGCAUUAAUAAACAUAAUAAACAUGACAAUAUAUAAUUAAGCAAUAAUGUAAACACGAGACAAACUUAAUCACACUGCUAUUUGAUAACAAACUUCGAACGAUGUCAUCGC